AUGGCCCCUAGUCCAGCCUUCUGUUCCUCCAUGGGCUUUCUGAAUGUCCCAUCGGAGCUCUUCACGAUGAUCAUCUCACACCUUGAAACACGGCACCUCAAACAGCUGAUGGAGAGCAACAAAGCAAUCUACAGCCUGGUUACACCCGUGUUCUACCGCAAGGUGUGGACCAAACGGCAAACUUGUUGCGACUUGGCCGGGCUUGUUAACCUACUUAGACGGCUCCCAGACAUUUGCCAGCUCAUCAGUGUUCUGAAUAUCGACGAGAUGGAUGAGAGCGGCUUUCGAGAGCUACUUAGCCUUGAGCUACCAAACCUCGAAGCCAUCAACGUCGAGCAUGCUUGUGGAACUGUCAAGACUGCCGACACGGAGAGAAGAGAAGAACUCAACGCCGGCAUACGUUUGAAACCAAAACUCAUCAAGUUUGCUAUCCUCGAUGCUUGCAGGCACGUGGAUGCAGUCCAGUCAAACGAGGUCGAAGAGACGGCGUCUCUGUACAAGAUCCACGCACAAGACUCCGUCUACUUCAGCCAACCAACUCUUGCCCGCCUGAAACUCGCACACUUGGACCUCUCAGCAUUCAGAAAACAUCCCGCUGAGCCCUUUCCUAUGGAGGCUCUCAGGCACAUGGAAAUUGACGACUGCCACAUCCACGUCGCAAGUCUUGGGAAGUUCUUGUCACGAGCCUCGUCGCUUCAGAGCUUCCGAUUCCGCCACCACCGUGAGCUAUCAUUCUGCAGGAGCUCUUUUGUUUCUCUACUAUCGGGAUGCAAAGAAACCCUCGAGACUCUUGAGAUGUCUUGGAGAUCGUCUGUUUCGCACUAUGAUUUCAGGGGUCCGAUGCUUUUCGAAGAGUUCACAGCUAUGAAGCAGCUUCUGGUCGACCCCCAAGCACUCUUUGUGAAUUACCUUGGGAGCACAAACUUGCGCCCGAUGUUGAAGCAUGUUCUCGCGCCAAAUCUGGAAGUGCUCAUGUUAGAAGGCGUGAGGGAACGCGCUCAUCAGCAUGACAGUGACCAUGGUCACCUUGGGCAAACGUCCACCAUUGGGCAACCAGACGAGAAGUUACUUAGCGACAUCAUCAAGUUCAAGAGCGAGAUUCUGCCGCAUUUGCGAUAUGUACUUCUCUGCGACUGUUCGAGCAUCGAAAAUCUCGAUAGAUUCUACGAGAUGGCGGAUGCGCAAAAUGUUCGCUUGGCAUUGUUGACCACGCAGAUAGACCAGCCUAUACCGAACCUUGAGCUGCUAGAUUCAAGUUGGGCUGAACAUGCUUCGGAUAAAGAGAAAAGAACAGACUAUCAGCAAAUUCGUUGCUAUGACGGAAGUAAUUGGGUUUGCCGAGAUGCAUCAUUCACCGUCAGCGACGCCCAUAGCGAGGCGAACUCACCAUGGGAGCAGUAG